UGACAUGUAAAACCGGACGUUGAACGACCUCUUUCGUAAACACAAAUCUAAGCUUUGGUACAGUGGUUACUGUGAAGACAGACGAAAUAGAAAAAAUGCUUAGAACAUCUUCAUUUUUUACCUCGCUCGGGAGGAGAUCAGUCUUGGGAAGCUUCAGAUAUGCUAGUUCAGCAGCAGCUCAGAAAAAGACAGAUGAAACCAAGGCCUCCUCAGGACAGACAAAGGAGUCCAAGUCUUUUGGCAUGAACAUUUUCAGAGGAGUUGUUAAAACAGAUCAAGUCUUCCCUUUUCCAGAAGUGUUGGACACUGAACAAAAAGAGACCUUACAGAUGCUUGUGGAUCCAUGUGCCAAGUUUUUUGAGGAAGUUAAUGAUCCCCUGAAAAAUGACAGCAUUGAGAAAGUUGAAGACAAGGUUAUGGAGGGAUUAAAAGAGAUGGGAGCUUUUGGUCUGCAAGUGCCGAUUGAUAAUGGUGGACUUGGCCUGACAAACACUCAGUAUGCUCGUCUGGUGGAAAUUGUUGGGUCACAUGACCUAGGUGUCGGAAUCACACUGGGUGCUCAUCAGUCCAUUGGUUUCAAAGGGAUUCUUUUGUUUGGAUCAAAAGAACAGAAGGAAAAGUAUCUCCCAGACCUAGCAUGUGGCAAAAAUGUGGCAGCGUUUUGUUUGACAGAGCCAGGCAGUGGUUCAGAUGCUAGUUCUAUCAAAACAAAAGCAGUUCUCUCCCCUGACGGUAAACAUUACAUACUGAACGGCAGCAAAAUCUGGAUCAGUAACGGAGGCCUUGCAGAAAUUUUCACCGUGUUUGCUAAGACACCUGUUAAGGAUGAGAAAACUGGUGAAACAAAAGAGAAAGUCUCUGCCUUCAUUGUUGAACGUUCUUAUGGAGGUGUUUCUAAUGGACCCCCUGAAAAGAAGAUGGGGAUUAAAGCCUCCAACACGGCGGAGGUAUACUUUGAGGAUUGCAAGGUCCCUGUAGAGAAUCUCCUGGGAGGAAUUGGUGGAGGAUUCAAGGUGGCCAUGAACAUUCUGAACAAUGGAAGGUUUGGAAUGGCAGCUGCCUUGUCAGGAACCAUGUCAAGUUGUAUCAAGAAAGCCGUUGAAUUUGGCUCUCAGAGGAAGCAGUUUGGAGACUUGAUUAGUAACUACGGGGCGAUUCAGGAGAAAAUUGGUCGUAUGGUGAUGAUGCAGUACGUCACCGAGUCUAUGGCGUAUAUGUUGUCUGCCAAUAUGGAUCAAGGAUCCACAGAGUUCCAGAUAGAGGCUGCCAUUAGCAAGAUUUAUGCUUCAGAAGCUGCUUGGUUCUGUGCAGAUGAGGCAAUUCAAAUCAUGGGAGGAAUGGGAUAUAUGAGAGAUAGUGGUUUAGAGAGAGUGAUGAGAGAUUUAAGGAUUUUCAGAAUUUUUGAAGGAACAAAUGACAUUCUAAGACUUUUCAUAGCUCUAACUGGAAGCCAGUAUGCUGGAAGCUACCUCAAAGAAUUGAAGAAGGCCAUGUCAAACCCCUUGGGUAAUAUUGGAAUGUUCUUGGAGUAUGGCAGCAAAAAAGUACUGAAGUCUAAAACUGACGACAAUGGAGCUAAGGCACACAUUCAUCCUUCUCUAUCAAGCUCUGCGGACCAGACCUUCGCUGCUGUUGGUGAAUUUGGAUCAGUUGUAGAACAGCUACUGAUGACUCAUGGGAAAAACAUUACCAACCAGCAAUUCCUUUUGAAGAGGGUAGCAGACUCAGCAAUUGAUAUUUAUGGCAUGGUUUCUGUCCUGUCCAGAGCUUCAAGGUCACUGAAAGAAGGUCACAGUUCAGCUGACCACGAGGCUACAAUCACCAAAAUCUUCUGUAAUGAGGCCAAAGCUAGAAUUGACACCAAUCUACAGGCAUGUCAUGCAACAAAAGGCGAAAAGGAAAACUUUGUUGGGUUGGAGAGGAUUUCCAAAGAUGUUGUGGCAAAUGGAGGUCUCUUACAAAGACACCCAUUAGGAUUCUAAAGGGUUUCUUAUAAAGGGUUUCUUACGAACAACGGAGAUGAAAAAUCAGCACAACACUUUUUAUUGUUUUUUUAACCAAUGUUUACGCCUCUUGCAUUAGCCAUGAUGGACAACUGGCCUUAACAAAUUCAUUGGAAUAGUUCUUGGAGUGAAAAUACAAUUAUUUCAGACCUUGGAACAAUUUUUUGUCACCUUUUUUAUGAAUCACUGAAGGCAUAGAAUAAUGAAGCCCUCUUUGCAGAGUGCACAAACUGAUUAGAUAUUACAUCUCUGUUACUGAAAUAUCUUGGCAUAUAAUGAGUUGUGAUUUAUUAAUAUUACCUCGUCAUACUUCAUCUGUAGACAUUCUGCAUGAAUUCUGUUUUGUAUAUAUUUGUGUAUUGGUAGAUCUUGAGAAUUAUCUGUGAUAAGAAUUAUGUCUAUUGCAGGAGACAAAUGAUUUUUCAUUCAGUAGAAGACCGGUGUAAAAUUAUUUGUAUCUGAUGUUUUCUUUCAUUUCUGUGAAUUCUAGUUUUCAGAUCAUUUGUAAACUAUAGUCUUGAACAUAAUGGUUUAUAAGAUACUCUGUAACAUUUUUUUUUUUUCUUUCAAAAGAUAAUGAUAAGUGAUUUUACUUCUUUUUUCGGAAAGAAGAAAAGGUACAAAUUAAAUAACAUAUCAGUUAAUGUCGGAUAAUAUUUAUGUUAAUAGGGAAUCAAAUUUUUGUAUGCAUAUUAUUUUACUUGCCGUUAUAGAUCAAGUUUUAUUUAUUGGACAACAUGAUUGAGGAGUCAGUGUGUGAAUCUCGUGUACAGAGGAUGUGCACGUGUCUUCCGCUUUAGAGAUUCUGUAGAAGUACGUGUACAUGUAUCUGCAAUGCUCAGCAAUGCAAUUUGUAAUAUAUGGUCAAUCUUUUCUGUGUUGUUUAACCUUGCUGUCAUUUUAUCAAGCAAGGUCCUGUCACUCAAACAAUUCUUGAAAUACACACUGUUCAAAAGCACUAACAGAAUGUUAAAUGUUUUAAUUUUUUUUUUUUAUUUGCUUAUGUGCACAAGGAACAAAAGCAACACUUAGUAUAUGAAUUGUAGAUAUAGGCUAUGUUUGAAUGCAUGUAGACCCAAAGAGUUAAAUAUGGAUACUAGUAUUUGGUUCUGUAUCAGUUGUAUACAAUUUGAAAUGGUGUUAAUAAAUUUUCUUACAUGUAGA